UUUGUCACGGGAAGUUGUGCGGCAUAUCAACUGAGGUAAUCCUUUUUUGUGUACCUUGCUUCAAGAGAUUUCGUAAUUCACCACUUCUGGAUGGUUUAGGUUUGGGAAAAAUACCCAAGUGACCUUUCAUUUGGUUCAAAAGUGCUGCGGUCCAUUGUUCCAAUCCAUUGUUUAGGCAUCAGUGUCUUCCUUUAACUGCCUCUCUCUUCACUGUCCCUUCGCAGCCAACAUGUCCUUAGAGUACACCAUCGAUAUCCAGCUCACAGAACUGGGUUUUCCCAAUAUUCUACAAACACCAGUAAGAGAGACCCCAUGUCUGUUACCAUCACAGUGUGUGUCGUUAUCGGGAAGUGAAUCACAAACUACGAUCCCAACUAAACCUACCAUAAGGCAACAACUCGAAAAUGAUCCGUCAGUAACACGUGAUAAAUGCAGUUCGCCACAUACUACGGACACGUCUGGAUCUUCUCAAGCACAAACAAAAGAUGGCAUGGACACCUCCAGCAGAGGCUCUGAAGAUGCAUAUACCUUCUCUGUGCUGCCUCGCAGCGCCGCAAAGCGCCCCAAUGCAGAUGUUGUGAAGGAACCCUCUGGAGCUGAGACUACUAAGCGUCUUGCUGAUCAAGCAAAUGAUAAAUCACAACUGGGUGCAAACAAUGACCAAGAGGCAAAAGGGAACACGCAGGAUGCAGAGGACGGGUCAGCAGACGACAGCGAAGAGUCUGAGGAUUAUGAUGAAGAGAGCCUCGGUGAAGACGAAUAUGAGUUUGAUGGCACAGGUGAUUACAACUGUGGUGUGUGUGGUCUUCAGCUGCCCUCCAACAUGAAGCUGCAGGACCACAUGAACCAACACACCGGUCAGCGGCCGCACUGUUGUGCAGAGUGUGGCAAACGGUUCUGCCAGCUCAACAACUAUCGCGCUCAUCUGAAGACCCACGCUGUAAAAACACCCGAAUUGAUCCUCUCUCAUCGGUGUCGCAUCUGUCGGAAGUUAUUCGAGUCGAAUGUUAAGUUAAGGGAGCACCUCGAAACCACACACUUUGAAAAGGAGUUCUACGAGUGUGACUUGUGCAAGCUCGUGUUCACCGACCGGAAAAAGUGUGAAAAGCACAUUGAAUGGCACAAGAGCACCCUACUUGUCUGUGACACUUGUGGCCGCGAAUUUUCCAGCCAAGAGUCACUCCAACGCCACCGUAACAGUAAGUGCCGGCGCAGCUUCGUCUGCACGGACUGCAACCAGACCUUCAGCAGGAAGAACGCCCUGCUGAAACACAGCUUCUCUCACAUCGGCCUGCUGCCCUACACGUGCUUACUGUGCAGCUGCCACUUCCGCCUGGCCCAUCUGUAUCGCCAGCACAACUGCGAUCCUCAGCGCAUCCACUGCGUGGCAUGUCUGAAAGUGUUCGCCAGUCAGAGAGACUUCCAGCAGCACAAGAAAGACACGGGCUGCUGGGGGGACCAGGAGUCCAGCGGUGACGAGAUCCGCUGCCCGGAGUGUGGCAAGGUUUUCGCCACAAAGGAGGAGCUCAAGAAACACGGCAGCGCUCACCAGAGGAUUCUGACCUGCGACGAUUGUGGCAAAGGCUUCCGCUCGGCCUUGCUCCUGAUGUCCCACAUGGGAGGGCACGUGGCGCAGUCCCCCUGCCUGUGCCAGCGCUGCGGCCGUGGCUUCAGUCACCAGUGUGACUACGACAGCCACCUGGAAAGAUGUGGACUCGCACCGCUACCACCAAUCGUUUCUAAGAAACGUGCCCAGAAGUCCUCCGCUCAGCCUGGUAAUCCCACGCUUCCCCACUCUACUGAGCCUCCCAUCACUACAAAAGCCUCCACAAGUGGGUGGGAUCCUAACAGCGGUGUGGCCACCAUCUCCAACGGUGUCCCUGCUCCGUCACCAGAGGACACGGCUCAGGGCUCCUGGCGUCUAACCCUGGACCAUCCUCCCCCUCUCGGUCUGAACCUGAUUCUGUUUGUCCCAGUCAACUCCACUCUGGCGUCUGGCCUACUGCCCAAACUCCAGGAGACGGGACCGCCCGCUCCGAUGGCCCUGGACGCAGCGGUGGGGCUACAGAAGAUUAUCAUUGAUAAAAUGAGGAGUUCUGUUGUGGGCUUGCCACUAGAGGUGGACGCCCCUCUGGAUCUGGUCCUCAACAAGAAACUAGCACACAAUUAUGGGGCGCCCCAAGAUUUGUCUAACAAAGUGAACCCUUUCAUGCCUGCUGUUGGCAUUAAAACAGAGGUGGUUGAGACGCCUACGGUUAGCAUUGAAUCUGAGGCGGUUAGCAUUGAAACGGAGGCGGUUAGCAUUGAAACGGAGGCGGUUAGCAUUGAAACGGAGGCGGUUAGCAUUGAAACGGAGGUGGUUAGCAUUGAAAUGGAGGCGGUUAGCACAAAAUCAAGUGCAGUUAGCAUAAAAACACCUGCAGUUAGCAUCAAAACAGAGGCUCUCGAGCCUGCUGUUGGAGUUAAACCACCUGCUGGUUGCAUUCAAUCGGCAACCAAAGAGUGUUGGGUGGUCCUCAGAAAGUGGUCUGGGAAAACGCAGGACAUUACUGGAGAUACAUUCUUAUGUGUUAAUAGGAAGACAGGUAUACGAGAGAUUUUAGGUGACAAAGGCACACAGUAAUACAUAGGCUACUGUAAAGUCAGAACCUUUGGGAACAGCUCGUUUUGUAAUGUAAAUGAUUAAGGAAGAGCCUGAGUUCCUUACUCCUAUCUUUGAUAAAUUGCAGUCAGUCUAGCCAGGUCCAGAGCUUUACAAAAAGUGAUAUGAUCAAGGCACAGACUUGUAACAUGUAAUGCAUAUGGUGGUGGGUUUGACCAAUAAUAAACAGUAUCUUGAUUGUUCAAAAGUAUGUUUGAAUGUAAAGAGGGUAUACCACAAACCACAACCAAGAUCCAAACUGGAGAACAUUCGAGCAUACAAUGGGCAACAUAUUCAAAAAAUAAAUUCAUUUUUAUGAU